AUGGGGGAACAACAGAGCUCGUUGAGCGCCCCGCCGGCCGCCGCUGCCGCCGCCGCGUCGCUGAGUCCGGCCGGGGGCCCGCCGGAGCCCGGCGCGGACGAGCCGCCUCCGCUGCGAGAGUCGUCCCCAGUCUGUGGGGUGACCGGACCGGGGCGAAAGGGAGAGCCACCGCUCGCCGCCGGUCCCGAGGGGCGAGGGGGAGAAGAGGAGGAAGCGGAGGCGGCUGCCGGGCCGGAGCAGCUACCGGUCUCGGAAGAGCCGGCGGCCCUGGCAGAGGAGGGGCCGGGAACGGAGGGGGGCAACGGGCGCCGCCGUCCCCACCGGAGGCACGUGUACUGCACCGUCUACUGCGUGGAGAACGACCGGCCGGCGGCAGGCCCCGCUUCUUCCCGCGGCGGCCCAGGCAGCGCCGGCGACCCCAUCGUGGGGCACUCACCGGCGCGGCGCGGUGUGGCGACAGGCGGCGACCCGCUGUCGGCGGGCGGCAGCAUCGAGGUGGUGGACCUGUACCUGCUGCCCGAGCCCUUCUCCGGGCUGAUCGCGGGCGAGUUCGGGCCGGUGCUGGUGCUGAGCUGCCGUGUGUGCCUGGAGGAGAAACCCAUCAAGCCCCUGUCCUGCUGCAAGAAGGCGGUGUGCGAGGAGUGCCUCAAGCGGUACCUCAGCUCCCAGGUGCAGCUGGGACAAGUGGAUAUAAAAUGCCCGAUAACCGAGUGCAGCGAACACCUGGAUGAAACAACUGUCCUCUGUAACCUGCCCCAUGACGACAUCAUCAAGUAUAAAUAUUUCUUGGAACUCAGCCGCAUUGACUCCAGCACCAAGCCAUGCCCUCAGUGCAAGCACUUUACAACCUUCCAGAGGAGAGGCCACAUUCCUACCCCUGCCAAAUUGGAGAACAAAUACAAAAUCCAGUGUCCCUCUUGCCAAUUUGUCUGGUGUUUCAAGUGCCACUCUCCCUGGCAUGAAGGCGUUAACUGCAAAGAAUACAAGAAGGGAGACAAGCUGUUGCGUCACUGGGCCAACGAAAUCGAACACGGGCAGAGGAAUGCCCAGAAGUGCCCAAAAUGCAAGAUCCACAUCCAGAGAACAGAAGGGUGUGACCACAUGACCUGUUCACAGUGUAACACUAAUUUUUGUUACCGUUGUGGGGAGAGAUACCGCCAGCUCCGGUUCUUUGGAGAUCACACCUCAAACCUCAGUAUCUUUGGAUGCAAAUACCGCUACCUCCCUGAGAGACCACAUUUAAGGAGACUGGUGCGAGGCUCUGUCUGUGCUGGAAAACUACUCAUUACACCCCUAAUACUGGUUCUGGGACUGGCACUGGGAGCCAUAGCUGUUGUAAUAGGUUUAUUUGUGUUUCCUGUCUAUUGCCUUUGUAAAAAGCAGAGGAAAAGGUCACGGACAGGUAUGCCCUGGUAAGGAUGGACCUUACUCACCUGAACUGAGCUGGUCCUGCAAGGGCUAUACGUGCUUUGUGCAACAGAGCAAUACAGUGCUGGUAACAGCAUCAAAGCCACCGCCCUGGAAGAAGAAUGGGGGGGAUCUCUUGUCAUCUUCCCUCAGCCGAAAACACUACUGCAGACCAGAAAGCUGCUUUGCUCUGGUGCAUUCUGAACAAGACAGGCCCCCUGACUGCUGCUUUUUAAAUGUUUUGGGUUUUGAUUUUUUUUUUUAAUUAUUACUUUGGAGGGUUUUUUGAGUCUAAGUUUCUGAACUAGACAAUCAAAGUCUGUAUUGUAGCCACAACUCUACUACCGAUUUGGCCUGUGAAGAAAGCAUUUAACUGCUAACAUGUGCUCCGUUUCACUUCAGUGUCAGCCUUUAAGUGGGAAAUGCUUAGGAGUGUUGGGACUCUUACUGUAUACUGAGCAUACUACUUUUGGUAUUAAAAACUACUUCUGUAAAUAA